GCUAGCUGAAAGAGACGCCAUUAGUUUGGGGUGAAAAGACGGCAGUCGCGUCAGGUAGAAAAGGUGGAAGUAGCUCGUUGUUUAGACACCUGUUGGUCAAUAGUGAUUACAGUCAGAGUCGCUUAUGCUGUCGUCUUCCGAUUUUAGCUUUUAAAGUCGGAAGCUAAUGUGAGUUACGCAGGAUUUCAGUUCCGAUCGGUGUUAUUAGCAUUAGCCACGUUAGCUUGAUAACAACAACACCCGAGGACUUCUUUGAUUUAACCACCAUGGCGGCCGGAGGGACGGGCGGCAGAACCUACUCGUUCAAGGUGGUGUUACUGGGAGAAGGCUGCGUGGGGAAGACGUCGUUAGUGCUCCGAUACUGUGAGAACAAAUUCAACGACAAACACAUCACAACUCUACAGGCGUCCUUCCUCACAAAGAAGCUCAACAUCACAGGAAAGAGAGUGAACUUGGCCAUAUGGGACACAGCCGGUCAGGAGCGUUUUCAUGCUUUAGGUCCGAUCUACUACCGAGACUCUAACGGAGCAGUACUAGUGUACGACAUCACCGACGAGGACUCCUUCCAGAAGGUGAAGAACUGGGUGAAAGAGUUGAGGAAAAUGUUGGGGAACGAGAUUUGUUUAUGUAUAGUAGGUAAUAAAAUAGAUUUGGACAAAGACCGACAUGUUUCAGUGGAAGAAGCUGAGAGUUAUGCUGAGUCGGUGGGAGCCAAACAUUAUCACUCAUCAGCCAAGUUAAAUAAAGGCAUCGAGGAGCUUUUCCUGGAUCUCUGUAAACGGAUGAUGGAAACGGCUCAGGCCGAGGAGAGGUUGAAGGGCAACGGAGCCAGCCAAUCAGCAUCGAGUAGGCGGGGCGUACAGAUCGUCGACGACGAACCACAAGCCACGCCCGCUGGAGGAUGUUGCUCCUCUGGCUAACACACACACACACACGAUUGCAGACAUAAUAUUCACACACACAUUUAAGUCUCUGUUGCUUUAAAAUCCUAAAAAAGUAUAAUAAUACAAACUGUUUUUUUCUGUGUUCUGCAAAGGAGCAUGGGAAAUCAUUUUUAAAAUGGUUGAAUCGCUGCUCCCUUCAAAAUAAAAGCAACUCAUGAUUGAUUUAAAUUUGAUUUAAAAUCACUCGAAUGUUCCACAGAAGCAGUGAUUCAAACUUUAAAUCUCUGAAGCUGUUUGUGUGUUUAUUAAUACGUCAUAAAUAAAAGAGCUGAAGUUACUUUAAGGACAGAAAAUGGCGGCAGAGAUUUAUUUAUUUUUUGUUUUUUUGGUGGGAUAAAACAUACAAACACACACUGUAUAAACCUCCAUUAAUCAUCAUAUUUAUCUAAAUAAUAUAAAUGUGUUUCCUGUUUGUCAAACAGAGGAGCUGGAUAAAAUAUUAAAGGACGGGUUUAGAUUUCUUGCA